AUGGGCACCCAACAAACUAAUUUGAGUGUUCUUAUGCUUCCAUGGUUGGCUCAUGGUCAUAUUUCUCCCUUCCUAGAACUAGCCAAAAAGCUUGCAAAGAGAAACUUCCAUGUAUACCUCUGUUCUACACCUAUCAAUCUUAGUUCCAUUAAGGAACGAAUCACUGAGUUCGAGAAUCAAUCUCUCUCAAUACAAACGGUGGAACUCCAUCUACCCUCCUUGCCUGAACUUCCUCCAAAAUACCACACAACCAAUGGCCUCCCAAUCCACCUCAAUCCGACUCUCGACAAAGCCUUUGAAAUGGCAAGUCCGAGCUUCUACAACAUCCUCAAGACCCUAAAGCCUGACUUGCUUAUAUAUGAUGUCGCCCAAGCUAUCAAGCAAUGGCCUGCGGCAGUAGCUUCAACACAUAAUAUUCCAGCUGUUCAAUUUCUGACUUCGAGUGCAGCCAUGUGUUCCUACUUCAGUCAUCUUUUGUCUGCAACCGGUGUCGAAUACCCUUUCCCCGCUCUUUAUCUUCGAGAUUUUGAGUUAGCUAAGAUACGUCGUAGUGAUCUUAAAUCUUCAACAAGUGAUGAUGAUGAGAAUGAUCGUGGACGUCCAAGCCUUUUCACAAUAUCCAACAUCAUGCUAGUCAAAAGUUGCAGCGAAAUUGAGAAGAAAUAUAUGGAUUAUUUCUCCGCUGUAACUAAGAGGAAGAUUAUGCCUGUUGGCCCACUCGUUCAAGACUCCAUUAGCAAAGAUGAGCAGCAUUUGGAAGUUAUCGAAUGGCUUGGAAAGAAGCAUCACUCUUCGAGUGUGUUUGUGUCCUUUGGAAGCGAGUAUUUUUUGUCCAAGGAAGAGAUGGAAGAAAUAGCACAUGGGUUAGAGCUAAGCAAUGUCAACUUUAUAUGGGUUAUUAGGUUUCCAUUAGGAGACGAAACUAUGGUUGAAGAGGCACUACCUGAGGGAUACCUUGAGAGAGUGAGAGAUAGAGGGAUCAUCAUGAAAGGAUGGGCCCCUCAAGCUGAAAUUCUAAAGCAUCCAAGUGUUGGUGGAUUUGUGAGUCAUUGUGGAUGGAAUUCCGUAGUGGAAAGUAUAGAAUUUGGUGUCCCAAUCAUAGCCAUACCCAUGCAACUUGAUCAACCUCUGAAUUCUAGGUUGGUGGUUGAAAUUGGUUUAGGCAUGGAGGUUUGGAGGGACGAUAGUGGGAAGCUUCACAGAGAAGAGGUGGCGAAAGUGCUAAAAGACGUGGUAGUUGGGAACAAAGGGGAACAUAUGAGGAGAAAAGCAGGAGAAUUGAGAGAAAACAUAAGAUUGAAAGGAGAUGAAGAGAUAGAUGGAGCUGUGGAGGAGCUAGCACAACUUUGUCGUAAGAGUAAGGCCUAUAAUGACUAUUAG